AUGACCGAUGAAUUUAAUGCUUUACGUGAAAAUCAAACUUGGACCUUGGUUCCUCAUUCCUCGCGUCAGAAUGCAGUUGGUUGCAUAUGGGUUUUCAAGAUUAAACGCUUAGCAGAUGGUUCUAUUGAACGUUACAAGGCUCGCUUAGUGGCUAAGGGUUUUCAUCAGCAACAUGGCCUUGAUUAUGAUGAGACAUUCAGCCCCAUGUGUGCAAAAACCCAACUCUUUGACCUGGAGGAGGAUCCCUUGUCUGAUGCUACCCAGUAUCAUCACCUGAUUGGUUUGCUACAAUACCUGACCCUGACUUGUUUAGACAUUGCGUUUGCGGUUCAUCAUGUUGCUCACUUCAUGAGUACCCCUCGAACCACACAUCUUGCUACUGUUAAGCGCAUUCUACGCUAUCUCAAAGGCACUUUAUAUAUUGGAUUAGUUUUUUGCCCUUCCUCUGGUCCUCUAGCUCUUCAUGCCUACUCUGAUGCUGACUGGGUUGAAUGUCCUGAUACUCGGCGAUCCACUUCAAGCUAUUGUAUCUUCUUAGGUCCAAACCUCAUCUCUUAG